AUGCUAAUUCUCGCUUUCCAACCCAUGUUACUGUCUCCGGUCCAAAGGAGUUCGGAUCCCGAGUCUCUUCUGCGUUCGGCCACUAAUCAAGCAAUAAUUAGCACUGCUACGGCCGCAACAGCUUUUCAUCCUUCCAUGCCAACAACUUCACGCCCCUCAACACCAGCUGCACCUUCGCCACCAGCACCAGCUGCAUCUCCUCCACUGGCAACAGAUGUUCAAAAGAGGGGCCUUCCCGCUCAACCUGCUGCAAGUGAUUCCUUGAGUACUAGUUCUGAGUAUUCGGGGACCGAAGGAGAGGUUGAAGAAGAAGAGGAUGAAGGCCAGGAAUCAGCAACUGAUCCGCUUUCCUCCACCAGGGGAGACGCAGAUCCCUCUCUCCCUUCGAGCUUCGACAACAAUAAUGCUUAG